CCUAAUCCCUGGCUCUCUGUCCCGGUUGCAAGAGGAGAGGCGUCUGGCGAAGAAGAACACAAGAACCAGAGUCCAGAGAAACUGAAAAGUGAAAGGCAAAAGUAAAACUCACGUUACCCAGCCGUCCGCCGCGGCCGCCUGCCUGCCGUCUCAACGAUACACUGUUUGCGGCCUGUUCAUAACUUGGUCUGUUGCGAAUUGCAAUGUGAUGAUAGCUGGCUGGUGGUGUGGUGAUUUUCUGGCAACAAUGAAAGAUAAUUUGACAAAAGCCAGUACUCGUGUCACCAAAGGCAAAGCAAAACUCAAAAUGGCAACAAAGAAAGAUGAUGUGACCAAAGCAAGAACUUGUGUCAGCACAGGCAUUUCAGUUGGCAAAAAUCAAUCUAAUUCGUCCACUUUUAAGGGAAAAAAUGAUUUCUCUAAGGCCAUUGGGGAGGGAAAAGAAUUUUCGGUGAAUCCAUCUCAACAGGGCGUUCUAAAGAAAAGUUGUGAAUCAAAUAUACACGAUUCAGAAGAUGAGGUGAUGCAACAAGCAAUGGAAUUGUUAGGAGAGUUUCACAACCAUGAACUUUGCUGCAAGAAUCGAAAGAGAAGGAUGGAAGAGAGUUUACUGAUAAUUAAUUAUAUUACUGAGCGCGAAUCUCCAUCUCCUCCACCACCAGAGUCAGUGAUUUUGGAGCAAAAAGAGGAACUUAGAAAGCUGUACCAAGUCUUAAGAGGAGAGAAUAUACCAAGAACACUCUAGGAGGACCUUAUUUGGGUUCGAAGCUGAGAGAGGUCUGAUGAAUCCUUGAUCCUCUCGUGAUCUAUGUAUUUGGACCACAGUGUGAUGUUCUUCAUUACUUUUGCAAAGACUGCUUAUGAUACCUUGUGAUUUUGUUCUACUUUUAGAUGAAGUUUGUCGUUUAGUCAAAACUAUUUGACUAAUAACCCUUAAUUAUCCUUGUAUAUGUUUUCUCUAGUUUGAUUUUACCACAAAAGUCUGAUGUAUCAUAUUGGCGAUCUCUGGCUGAUGUUCAUCAAGACCAGAGGCCGAUUGACAAAGUUACACGAGUGUUUCAGAGGUCAUGUUCA